UUUUAUUUUUUAUUUUAAAAAAGCACUGAUGAAUCUGACAAGUUGGUGAGCAAUAAUUUCUGUGAUUUUAAAACAUGCUGUGUUAUUUUUUUAUCUUUUGGACAUUAGGUGGUGGGAUCCUUUUACUUAAUUUGGUAUGUAGCAAAGAAGAUGCUUUUUGAGGUGACAAAUUUGACACUAUAUGUAAAGCAUGAAGAUGCCGUGUAAAGUUGACUUGAUCAUUAGAGACUAUAAAACAAAACCAAUAGAUAAAUUAUUUUAGCAUUGUAACAACAAAAAUUCAAUCUCAAGCACCAAAAAGAAAGUAGGUACGUUCUCAUGGCACCUCCCUCGGAAGAAUUGGCAAACACUCCACAAAUUGUUAACGAUGAAAGGAAACAAGAAGAAGAGAACUUUGCAUACGCAGCACAGCUUGUGAACUCAACUGUGCUCUCCAUGUCCUUGCAAUCUGCCAUUGAGCUUGGAGUUUUUGAUAUCAUAGCCAAAGCUGGUGAUGCAGCCAAGCUCUCCGCGCAGGACAUCGUGGCGCAGAUGCCUACUACCAACCCUGAUGCGCCUAGAAUGUUAGACCGCAUCCUCAGAAUGCUGGCCAGCCACUCUGUACUUUCAUGUUCUCUGGAGAAUGAGGAUCUAAGGGUGUACUGUCUUAAUGAUGUUUCCAAGUUAUUUGUCACUAAUGAAGAUGGUGUUUCAUUGGGUCCACUGAUGUCUUUGUUGCAAGAUAAGGUCUUCUUGGAUAGCUGGUCCCAGCUGAAAGGUGCAAUUCUUGAAGGAGGAAUACCCUUUAAUAGGGUCCAUGGCAUGCAUGCUUUUGAGUAUCCAAGCUUGGACCAAAAAUUCAACCAGGUAUUUAACAAAGCAAUGUACAAUCAGACUACUUUGGUCUUGAAGAAGAUCCUAGAGGUUUACAAGGGUUUUGAGAACCUUGAGAAAGUAGUAGAUGUUGGGGGUGGUUUAGGAGGGACCCUAAACCAGAUCACUUCCAAAUACCCUCAUAUUAAGGGUAUUAAUUUUGACUUGCCUCAUGUUGUAGAGCAUGCUCCCUCUUAUCCAGGGGUUGAACAUGUGGGUGGAGAUAUGUUUGAAAGUGUUCCAACUGGGGAUGCUAUUUUUAUGAAGUGGAUACUUCAUGACUGGAGUGAUGAACACUGCUUGAAACUACUAAAGAAUUGUUACAAAGCUAUUCCAGACAAUGGGAAUGUUAUAGUUAUGGAGGCCAUUCUUCCAACUAUACCAGAGACUAAUUCUGCUGAUAGAUGCACCUCCCAAACUGAUGUGCUUAUGAUGACUCAAAAUCCAGGAGGAAAAGAGCGCAGCAAAAAAGAGUUCUUAGCCUUGGCAACCGGUGCAGGAUUCAGUGGCAUAAGAUUUGAAUGUUUUGUUUGCAACUUUAUGAUCAUGGAAUUCUAUAAGUAGAUAAAGUAUUUAGUUUCUUACAAACUAUGACAAUGUAUUCACUGCUGUUUCAUGUACUCUAAUUUUAUGUACCAUCUCUCUAGUAAAUGUACUAUCAAACUUAGUAAACUCCAGAGAACAAAAUAAAAAAAACUUUCUUGUUGUA